UACUUGACUGCCUUAUGUUUUUUUAGGAAAGCCUAAGGAGUAUGAGCAAGAAUGGCAUUAAAAUUGAAAAAGAGUGGCAUGAAUAUGUAGCUGGUGCUGGAGCAGCUGCUGUCAAUAUAUUGAUAACAUUUCCUGCAUACAAGUUAAUGAUAAGACAACAGGUGGAUGGUAUCACUGUUUUUACUGGAUUUCAGCAACUCAAAAGAGAAGGCUUGUGUAAAUUAUACAGAGGUGUUGGUCCUCCAUUACUGCAGAAAGGGGCCAGUCUAUCCAUCAUGUUUGGUAGUUAUCAUUCAUUGCGAAAAAAAAUUCUAGAGAAAUAUCCACAUGCUAAUACCACAACAGUAACAGUGGUUUCAGCCAUGUUAGCUGGUACACUAGAAUCUGUGUUGACUCCGUUAGAACGCAUUCAGACAUUGUUAGCUAUAUCUGAGCAUAAGAACUAUGUGCGUGUCCAAAAUACAGUGCAUGCAUUUUUAAAAAUUAAUAAGCAUCAUAACUUUAGAGAAUAUUAUCGUGGCUACACAGCUAUUUUACUGAGAAACGGCCCAAGUACGGCCUUAUUUUUCUUAUUUCGUGAACCAAUCAAAGCUUUUCUGCCAGAAGUCCACUCUAGUCUUCAGGAUUUUGUUGAGGAUUUUGUUAGCGGUGCUGUUCUUGGGGCCACAAUCAGUACGCUGGCUUACCCUCUGAAUGUUGUCAAAUCGAAUAUGCAAAAAAGACUUGGAGUUGAACAUAAAAGCAUUGUAUGUACUUUCAAAGAAAUCUAUAAUAUGCGAGGACAGAGCUUACGAAAGAUGUAUUUAGGUGUAAAUCUAAAUUUUUCACGCUCUCUGUUGUCGUGGGGAAUCAUUAAUGCUUCUUACGAAUAUUUUAUGAAAGUUUUGAAUAGUUUAGAAUGCUAGCAUAAAAUUAUUUAACGUAAAUGACUGUAUAAGUUCCCCCAAUCAAGAUUCCGCCUUUAAACAGAAAAAACCACAGUAAUAGUCAACAGUGUCAGAAACAGAGUUUGAUUAAUUGUUGCUUAAAAAUACUUUAAAGUGCAAAAAACCUUUCUUAAUUUUUUCCCCAGUUCUUGGCUUAGAAUGUAUAUGUAGAUACGUCUUCUCAAAAUUAAAGUCUCAAUCGACCACUUGGGGUGUCUUUCAGUCAUUUAUGAUAAAGUGUAAUUCCAUUUUAUAUUUUUGUAUAUAUUAAAAUACAGCUGAUAGUAAUUUUGAUAAUACUUUUAACUUAUAGCGAAUCAACAGAACAAUAAUAACAAACAAUAAUAAAAUUAGCAAUGCUAAAUAAAUAAUCUUCAAUAAAAUGGGGAACAAUUUCUUGCAUUUUGAACGCUUUAUGCAAAAAAAGUUGUAAAAUACAUAAUAUAAAAUUUCUCUUACUGUUUUCCAGGAUUUUGAAUGUUUUUGCUAUACUUUUUUUAAAAAAAAUUAUGCGAAACCUAAUUUCCGAUUGUUUAGCUUUGGCCUACUUUUUAAGAAGUAAAAUAAGUUCUGCAAUAAUUUUUCCCACCAAAAUUCUUUUUUAAGGUAUAUAUCUGCACUGCUGCAUUUAAAAUAUUUUUUAAAUAAGCAUCAAAUAAAAAAAUUUUGUCGAAAUUUAUCUUCAUUUAAAGAAUAUGC